AUGACAAUAGAUAUGAAAAUUGAAAAAAAAGCUUCACCUUCAAGUUCAGUUGAUGUUUUACAAAGUGUAACGUAAAUAAAUUUACUUCAAUUUGCAAUAAACUGCUACUAUAACAUUGUUACACUCAAUCUUGUGUGCAGUAAAAAGAAGUUUGAAAUGUCCGUAAGCGUAGCCAUGAAGAAUGUGAUAUAAAAGUUUUGUAUAACUUUCCAAACCUUGAAUUCCAAUUGUCCACGAAACGAUAUGGAUAUUCACUCUGAAUACAUGGAACCUGUAACGCCAGGGCUUACUUACGAUAAUGUCGCCUACUGGAAGACUGAAGACAGCGGAUAUCAUACUUCAUAUACACCGGAAUCCCUGGAGUGUUCGGAGAUACGGAGUGAAAACUUCAACCCGACAAUAUUUAAAAGCCAAAUUGGCUUUACGGGACAGUUUCAAGUAGGUUGUUACGAUAUCCAAUCCGAUGUCAACUUUCGACCAACAUUACAAUUUAGUACAGGAAUUAUCAGGUCAAAGGAAAGUUACUCUGAAUCACCACAAAACCGUAGAGGCGUCAAACGCUCAUACAAUGGAGAGCCAGAAAAUAGAGACAACAUUAACUAUGGCACUAUUCCUACUCCAACUAGUAUCAUAGCAGGAGGACUCUGUAAGCUAAGAUUUAGUGAUAAAAAGUUCAAUGCAACAUAUUCCUCUCUAAGUUUAGAUUCAGCUGAUCGUCUAACAGGAGAUUUAUGCUCAAGAAAUGAUCACACGCACACACCAUAUCCAACGACGCCCAUUAAGAAAGUAUGCAGAAGUAAUUGCAAAAUAAUUAGUCCUCUAAACCCAAGAAAACCGGCAAAGAAACUUAACUUUGCUAUGCACUCACUCUCAUGUGAUACACAAGCGUUACAGCCAGUUAUCAAGCCUGUCAAAUCUCAAAAUAAUGCUAUUAAAGCAUAUAAGUUUAGACCUAAUCAGAAAAUAGAUAUUAUUAAGAUGUUGUACCAAGAAGCACAUGUUUUGCCGCCUGUAAUGAAAAUUUUUGAUUAUUUGUCAAAUGAAGAUAUAUAUAGGUUCACUCUUGUGAGUCCUGUAUGGCAAAGAGUUUGGGAAGACGUCAGUAAGGCAAAGGCAAAGAAACAGGAGUAUUUACACUACCUCAAGGAUGUUAGGGAUAAUCAGGAAAAUAAAACAACAACUCCCAAAAGCACUGAUGCAAAUCAGAUAAGACCUUUAAUGGAAAUUCACAAUGUACUGAAUAAUCACAAUUCUUUAGUUAAGUCUAUAAGCACUCCUAUUAGUCCGCCAGGAACACCUAAAACCAUUAGGUUUAAAAGGUUUACUAAGGCUGCCUCAUUGGAUUUACGCAAGCAACUAUCCUGUGUCCGAUGUCAGCAACCUGCCAAAGUUACAGAAGAAACUACAGGGGAGGAAUGGGUGGAAUGCACUAGUACCAUUUGCUCCUACCAGUUUUGCAGGUUUUGUAAGUGUGAUAGACAUCCAGGUAAGAAUUGCUUCAAAUAUGACCUCGACGGCCCUAGUCCUUCAAAGAGGAAGAAAAAUGUGUGUGCUGUAGGAACCAAGAAGAGCAGAAAAAACUUAAGGAGACUCCUAUGACUUUAAUAUUGUAGAAAUGUAAAGAUACCAGUGAUUUAUAAUGAAAGGUUUUGUUUGCAUUCCAUACCCAAAGAUAUGAUGAUUUAAAAAAUCAUUUGUAAGAGAUUAGUUUGAAGUAAUUUUCGAUUAAUACAAUUGGGGAUCCCCCAUGUCUGAUAUUGUGCCAUUUUUUUUAUUAAAAAUAAUUUUAUAGUAUGACAGAAUUAACAACUUUAGUCCUGCUAGUUUACCUAAUUACAAAUUUUACUAUGAUUUCUAAAGGUAACAACUUUGUUUAUUAUCUUAUAGUUGAAGUACAUUAUUUAUUGAUUACUUGAUUGGUUGAGAUUAAUUUGUAUAAUAAUUAAAUAUUGCUUAAUUUAGAAUAUCUUCAUUUUAAUUCUUUAGUAACUGGAUAAUAAAUGCAUACUGCCUGUAGUUUCUUGUAAGUAGCAGGCUUGAUGUAUAAUUGAUUUGAUUGUAUGAUGUAAUUUCACUUAUAUUGAUCUAUUAACAAAUGCUUUUUGAUAUGAUUGAAUGGUGUAUGAAAAUACAUUCAUUUGCCAGCAGUUACAUUACAGAUAUAUAAAUGAAAGUUAUCUUUUGAUUUAUUUAAAACAAAGUUGUAAAUCAAAUAAAUUACCUUUAGAAUUUUAUUGCGUUUAUUAAAAAAAAAUCAUGAAGGAUUCGAAGGAUGGAUACCCAAAACGUAGGAUAUUGUAAUAGACUGAUUUUUUAUUGCCAUAAACAAUAACAUUAGGUGGGCAGGUUUUUGUGUUUUAUAUAAUAAGUAUCUAGUUUGGCUCAAAAUUUAAUGGGUUUAAUAUUUUAAUUGUAACUAGUUAUUAUAUAAAAAUUUGAAAUGUUUUGCCAUAAAAUUGAAUUAACAAUAAUCUUUAAAAUAAGUACAAAGAACAGCAACUGUGAUAUUACAGGUAAUAUUUCAUCUGUUUUAACACUUCAAUGCACACUUGACAUUUUUGCACUGUACAUACUUGUAAUGGUCAACAAUGUCUUACCUCACUCAUUUAGUAAUACAUAUUUUAAACUUUAGCCACUGAUUAGGGUUAUUAAAAUUUACAUCAUAGUAGUGUGACAUCACUGUAAUGUAUUUAUUCUAAGUCCAUAGUUAAGAUAUUUUAAGAUUUAUUGUGAAUUUUUUAUUUUAACAGUUUGAAAAUUCUCUUUACAAUUAAUCACAUUGAUCACACAAUAUUAAUUUAUGUAUGUAUUCUUUUAAUCUGAGAUAUAUUGUUAUAUCUUAUUUAAUUUAUUCAUUUUAUUUAAUUUUGAAUGUUGGUUAUAACAUUUAAAAUUAUAUAAAAUUAAUUAUAGUUAAAUUUGAUUUUAAUAUGUAGUGUCCAAAUUCGUGUCAAUAGUAAAUUCUUUGUCUAAUUCUCAAUAUUGAAAUAUGUUUUAAUAAUAUUUGAGGAGAAACUGUUAAUUUAUCUUUUUAUCUGUGUAGUAUAUAUUUUUUAAAUAAUUUCUCAAAUAUUAGAAAAGAUGAUCUUACAAUAUGAAUGAACAUAUUAUAACUGUAAUUAUACUUUUAAUGAGAAUUUUCGUUGCAUCAAGACAUUGAAAUAUAAUACUCUCACUAUUUUCUAGUCUCCAAUAUUAAGAUCCUUUUUCAUUCUACUCUGGCGAAGGUAAUGGUUAUUAAAAUGAUUUACAUUGAUCAUCGAAAUUCAUCUUAAAAUUUGCGUAAAUCUUCGAUAAAGAAAUAGCCAUGGUUGGCUACCUACAUACUAUUUCAAACGAUCUAUUUAACCGUCUCCCGCGAAUAAUUGACGAUUUGUUAAUUAUUCAAAUGAUCUGUCAAUUUAAUUUAUUCGCACACGUAUAAACUGAACACUUACAUUUAUCCAUGUACACCUAAAGCUAUAGGAACAGUAGUAUAUAAAAUUGGCAAAAAAGAAACUGGUACCCAAGAAGUAUCAUCUACUUUAAUUUUAAAACCUGUUUUGUAACGGCAAUACUUGCGAGUCAAUAUCCUGAUCAAUUAGGGAAUGUAGGUUGAAUAACUUUGGUAGAUAUUUGAAGGGUUAAGAACAGUGAUACGUGCGGUUUACUUAAAAACUUGUAUCCAUUAAUUUCUUACACAUGUAAUCUUGUUGUUUGAAACCUGUUCUUAAAACGGCAAUACUUGACCAAGCAGCGGGAAUACUGUACAAGAAGUGUGGAAAAAGUGACUUUCGCAUUACCAUUUCAGUGUCAGCAGUUAUAGUUAGUAAACUUAUUGGUAUUUAGCUCUCAUUCGCACGAGAGUUUUUUUAACGGACGUUAAAAGUGCGUUCAAAUAUAGUAUAAAUUUAAAUGAAGGUCUAUUUCCGACGCCCAAAAUUGAUAAUGCAACACUGCUCGAAAAAAAGGACCGUGCUUUAAAAACGCUGUCGUGUGAACAUAUACUUACUUGGGAACGCAUUUGUUGUAUUUGAACGCUUUUUUAAUGUUCGUUAAAAAAUCUCUCGUGCGAAUGCUUACGUUUUAAGUAAUUCUCAUAUUUUGUGAAACAAAAAACGAAUUCAGUAUAAUGAAUACUGGUUUGUUUGUUUAGUUUUGAAACUCACAAUCCGCAUUCCGCAUACAUUAAUACAUCACUUUCGUUAUUAUAUAAAUUUUUCAAGACUUGAAAUGACUUUGAAAAUAACUCUCACAGUAAAAAAAAAUACUUAAUCACUUCAACACACUCGUAAUCUUUAUCAUAGUUAAUUUCAUCAGUACCUUUAAAUAAGGCCUUGUUUGGGACCAAUACUCUUGUGUUUGUUGUAUAUUUUAAAAAUGUAAAUAAUAUUUAGCAAUUCUUCUACUCUUUAAUCUGAAAAGACAAGUCAUUUUAGUUAACUUUUUUGUAAUUUUUAAUUUAAAUAAGUUUUAGUUUUUAUUCGAUUUUGCAUCGUUUUACUCAAAUUCAGUUUAACAAUGAAAUGAUUUCAAGAAAGUGUUAUUUUUAAGAAUUUUAAGGUUUAUGAGGCAAUUUUUAUAUCUUGGAUUAUAAAAUACCCAAAGUACCUAUGUAAUGGGACUAUACAAUACAAAACACGUUAUCUUGUUCCGGCUGCAUAUCAAUUAAGUUUUGCAUAAAACUUAUAAUUAGACAUCGCGGUUAAUUCUAUUUUUAUACAUUAUUGCAUAUUUUAGUACUUUUUCAUUGAUAGUGCUUAAAUCAGUAGUAUGUCGUCGAAGUGAUUUCUUCUACAAAUGCUAGUACAAGCUGUAUUGUUUUAUGCUGAUAAUUUUAAAGUCAUAAAACAAGUAAGAACCUAUACUACAGCCAUACUGGAUGUGUACUGUUUACCAACAAACAAAUUAAAAAUGAGAGCAUAAAUCGCUAGUCAUUUCACACCUAAUAUAUAUUAUAUUACCUUGUUUUUAAAUUAAUUAAAAUAAAUUCGUUUAAUAUGCUUAGUACAAAUAGAUAUAGUUAACGUAUUUUGAAGAACGUUUUACAAACAAACAAUUUAAUAUAUUAUUUAUACAGUAAUUGGUCGCUAACUAUGGCUCUCAUAAGAAGGCUCAGAGUCACACAGCGGGCGAUGGAACGAGCUAUGUUAGGAGUAUCUCUGCGUGAUCGAAUCAAAUGAGGAGAUCCGCAGAAGAACCAGUCACCGACAUAGCUCAACGAGUUGCGAAGCUGAAGUGGCAAUGGGCGGGGCACAUAGUUCGAAGAGCCGAUGGACGUUGGGGUCCCAAAGUGCUGGAAUGGCGACCCCGCACUAGUAAGCAAAGUGUUGGCCGACCCUUCACCAGGUGGACUGACGACAUCAAGCGAGUCGCAGGGAUUCGCUGGAUGCAGGUGGCUCAGUAUAGUGAUGUUUGGAAGUCCCUACAAAAGGCCUAUGUCCUGCAGUGGAUGCAGUCUAUCGGCUGAUAUGAUGAUCAUGAUGAUUAUACAAAAAAUAAGAUAUUAAAUGACAUGCAUUUUCUACCUUCAUUUCUAAUUUGUUGGUUGGUAAACAGUAUAUAUCCAGUAGUAUAGUCGAAGAUUUUAUAGUUCAGGUUCCAUCACAAUCCAUUCAGCCAGCUGGCAUUUAAAGAUUCAAUUUAAAAAAAUAUUGCUCUUGCUCUCAUUGCAAAACAUUUCAGCAAUCUUUAAAUAAAAGUUAAUUCUAAUUAUAAAUAGUUUUUGGUGGUGCAUAUUUCGCCCUUUAUUAUUUCAUAUUUGCAUGCAUAUUUUGGCAUUUUGAUAAUGCAUAUGAUCCGGUGUCUACUUAAAAUAUUACACAUAAUAAAAGCGAAGCAAAUUAUUGCAGUAGGUAGUUUUGAAUUCAUAAACCUAAAUCUACUUAGGUGUGUUUCUUGAUUACUUUUAUUACACAGCAUGAAACAAAAGCAUUAAAUUACCGUAAACUGAUAUUUGUGACAACCAUGAAGUGAUUUAUCAAAUUGUAAUUGUAAAACAAUAUAGCGUGGUAUUUAAAAUAAAUAAAAAUACGUACACGUGCGUAGGUACUUUGGCGCAUAAUAAUUUUGUAUUCAUAACUUCUGUAUGUACUUAAUUGCCUCUUGAAUUUUAUCACCACUUUUAUUAAUAUUUAAAUCGAUGAUUUUAUACGUAUUAUUUUCAAUUAUUAUUAUCACAAAUAGAUUAGAGGUAUAAAUAUGGUAGGUAUUUUAACUCUACCUCAGUAAUUCCGAUCUUAACUAGAAUUAAUGUUUUGUGUUUUAUCUGUAUUAUCUUAUAAGUAUUUGAUUUUAAAAAGACAAGUUUUUAAAAUAAUUCUUUCUCACAAAAUCUUAUUCGAAUUAAAUCUUAAGUUUCCAAUUAUUUGCAAAUUGAUUUGUGUUUUAAUUAUUCAAGAAUGAUAUUGAUAAGAAUGUUUUUAAAAUAUUGCAAUUUGAAAUAAGUUAGGCAUUUUUUAUUUUAGCUUUUGCCAUUACAUGGCAAAUUGAUGAAGGCAAUGAUGGUUAUUUUUAUUUAUUUGUAAAUACUUUUUUUAUGCAAUAAUAUUUUAAACUGACAUUUUAAAGAUGUAAUUAUUAUUUCUGUCGUAUAAAAUAAUUUCAAUUAAAAUACAAUCAGGCAUGUGAGAGUCAGCAGGGCUCACCGAACCAUUGGAUACGUAACUAUCCCAAGUCCAUAAGUCCAAAUACAGCGUUCGCCUAAAUAGCGUGAAGCUGCUUCCAACAUCAUUCAUUGUCCGCAUCAUCAUCAAUCAUCAUCAAUCAUCAUGAUCACAAAGCGUUUUAUAUCGUUCGAUUGAGGUAAAACUCUCGGUCUGUGACGCUGUAGAACAUUGAAUAAUGCUGAUAUACUCGUAAAUGUGAAGCUUUGCUAAGUGCAAGCGACUUGGUUAAGUGACAAUUACUGACGGGGGCACUGACCCUUACAUGCCUGGAUGUACUACCUAAUAAUCACAAUGAUUCGAUAAAUAUUUAUUGAUUGAUUCCCGCGAUUUUCCUGGAUUAUGUAUCUUUUUAUGAGCAUCAACAUGACACGUUAUAUUUUAAAAUACUUGAUUGCAAUUGAACUUACGAAUGCUUGAGAAGCUCUCUGUCUUUAAUGUUAAUAAAACUUUUUUUUAUAUAAUUUA